AUGGAGGCCGCUGGGCGGACCUCGGAAACAAGUUCUAGGAUAACAGUAGCAGAGGCCUUUAUAGGAACGUACUCUGGAGGUAUUGCGAAGCUCAACUUUGCUCAAAAUAUAUUGCCCGGCGAAAAGUUCGCCUCUGUUGACAGCGAAAAGCAUCAACAGUGCUCGUUGUCUAGCGAAAAUAGUCCUAUAACUGUUAUAAAAGCGUUUGGAUCGGUCGUGCUCAGCGCUUCCGUUCGUAAAGUCGCUGUCUAUAGUGCUGCAGAUGCUGGUGAAGCGGCAGUUUUCGCUGCGUUCGGGGCUUCUAACGGUGAAGUUGCGUUUCUAGACGUUUCCCGAAGCGUUUUGCUUGAGACUUUCGAUAGCCAGACAGAAUGCGUCAACGAUCUGGCUUUCGUUCGGCUUCAUGACCGGACUUUUCUGCUCGCGGCUGGGGGCAAAACGAGAGGCAAACUAGCAGUUUGGCUUUGUACAGGCCAGCCGUUCAGAAAGUGGUUCUUAAAGAAAACGCUUUCGCUUGGGAAAUGGCCGAUAACCCAUAUCGUUAUGACAAGAAACAAAGCCCAGUUUUUCACGCUGGAUGAAAGACCGCAAUUGACUUUAUGGAGUUUGGAGAAGUUGCUAGAAUCAAAGCGAAACAGAGGAUGUCGACCGAGAAAUACCUCCAAUGGACGCGAGAGCAUCAAGAGCCUCGCAUUUCCUGAGCUUCGAUUCCGGCUCGGUUUCCGGCCCGAAAGCGUGGAAUGGUGUCCGGAAUCUGCUGUCUUUUUCUUCGCAGGGCGCAGUAUUCUCGAAAUGUAUGACCUUAACUCGGGCACUGCUGUCUCAUCGGAAAAACUUACGGAUGCUCUGAUCAGCUGCGUCUACUUUGUCCGUGAGUAUGGCGCAAAUUCAGGGAAUCGGUACGCUUUUCUUGGAACGAGCAGAGGUGAAAUUCUUCUUAUUCAGUGCAUCUCGAAUUCUGAUGGAGAAUCUAGUUUCAAAGUCAUCGACCGGCUGGCUGUCGAAUCCGCUGAGGAGCGCUGCCGGCCUGGUAAGAUUCGAGACAUAGGGCUCAUUUCCAUCUCCGAAAGCGCCCUUGAUAUAGUGGCGCUUACUUCAUUCAGAUUGUUUUCAUGCCGCUUUUUCCCGCUAAAAGAGGAAAAAGCAUUCGUUGACUCUGUCACCGACUUUGGACAUCGCAUCACGUGCUCGUAUUUGCAUAGACUCAGCAAAAAUAAGCACCACUGUUAA